AGGGUGGCAGUAGCGGCUUCUUCCUGCCCUUCCUCCGACUGACGCGCCGAAGGAGAAAAGGCGGAAGCAGAAGCAACCGGCGGCCAGGCAGCAUGUCGCCACCCGGAGGGAAGAUCAACAGACCCAAAACGGACUUGGGCAAGAAGCUCUUCAAGCGCCGCCGUGUUCUGGGACGACCGAAGAAGAAGCGAAAUCAGAUCGUGGGCGCCGUGGUGGACCGGGGCCUCAUCACCAUCCAUCACCUCCGGAAGAGGAGAACGAGUCCCAGGGCCAACAUCACAUUGUCGGGGAAGAAGAAGCGAAAGCUCAUCAAGCAACUGCAGCACCUCCAAAAGGACAAAGCCGCAAUGGAAGUUGAAGCUGCAGCUCCUCCACCAAAAAAGAAUAUGCGCAAGAAAAAAAUGAGCACGGUGGUCAAGGCCUCUAUGGACGUCGACAUGGACAAUGGAGAAUAACCCCCAAGAUGGCUGUUGGUAUUCUGUUGACAUCUGUCACGUUUAUCCAAAUACCGACGUUCAAAUGAGAAUCCUCUUCCUUUUGUCGUCAUUCAGCAAAUAGGAUCCACCCCAAAAAUAGUUGGACCUUUUCUUUGCCUCAACCUGAAUAAGCGCCAAUGAAAAAGUGCAUGCAUGUCUUCUGUACUGUGCCACGUAGUGUUUCCAAAAAAAAAAAAACAUUGCGUGCAUUAAAUCAAUUUUAUAUUUCGAUA